UCAUUCAAGGUCAUGGAGGAAGUGCAGGGCUUCAGCGUGGUGCGGGCGGCCAGCCACGUGGGCGGCACGGGCGUCGUGGUGCAGGCCAAAGCACAGGCCCGGGUACAGCGCGGGCAGGUGGUGGCGCUGUACCCGGGGCUGCUGUACCUGCCCUUCCAGCCUAUCUUCCUGCAGAGCGUCGGCAACUCCUUCGUGUUCCGCUGCAUCGACGGCGUCCAUGUCGAUGGCAACGACAGGAGGAUCUCGAGGGCGGCUUUCAGAUCGUGCGUAGGUCGUGACCGCGUCGGCCACCUGACCUUGGCUGACACCAGUUGGCUCACCCCCCACCCUGUGAAUCCGCUCAACGUCGGUCAGUACGUGAACAACCGGACAGCUGGGCGGCCGAGCAACGUGGCGUACCAGGAGGUGACGGUGAGGCCCGGGGAGGUGGCUCUCGAGGACAGGCACCUCCUGCCCAACCUGUGGUACUCCCCCCCUGCGGACGUGCCCGUGGCCGAUCUGCCCUUCCGCCUCGUGGCCCUGGUGGCCACGCGGGACGUGGCGCCCGGCGAGGAGCUCUUCUCCGAUUACUUCACGGUCGUUCACUGAGCGCCAA